AUGGAGGAUGGGAAUUAUGCAAGUGGAUUAUGGAGAACGAAAUCGGAGCAACUAGAAUCAGUGGCGGAAGAUUUGAACUCGACGCCGGGAUCGAGCGAGUCGAUAAGAGUGGCGGACGGUGGUAGCGGGAGUCUUACAAGGAAGUCGAGGAGGGCGUCGCCGGGCGGAAGAAACACGCACAUAAGGAAGGCGAGAAGCGCUCAAACGUCUUUGAAAGUUGAGUUGGAUGAGGUUAACAGCGGUGCUGCUCUUAGUAGAGCUUCGAGUUUGGGACUCUCGUUCUCUUUUACUGGAUUUUCUGUUCCUCUUGAUGAAAUCAGUAGCUCCAAACCAUUCAGUGAUGAUGAAGACAUACCUGAGGAUAUUGAAGCUGGAAUCCAUAAGCCAAAGUUUCACACUGAACCUACUCUCCCAAUAUAUCUAAAGUUCACGGAUGUGACAUACAAGGUAGUGCUCAAAGGCAUGACAAAGAGUGUUGACAAAGAUAUCUUGAAAGGGAUCACUGGUUGUGUAAAUCCAGGAGAAGUUUUAGCAUUGAUGGGUCCCUCAGGAAGUGGAAAAACAUCUUUGUUGAAUCUAAUUGGAGCUAGGUUACAUCAACCAACAGUUGGUGGAUCUAUUACUUACAAUGAUAGACCAUAUUCCAAGUCCCUAAAAAGCAGGAUUGGAUUUGUGACACAAGAUGAUGUUUUGUUUCCUCACCUAACUGUUAAAGAAACAUUGACAUACGCAGCUCGUUUAAGGUUGCCAAAAACAUUAACCAGAGAGCAGAAGGAAAAAAGAGCUUUAGAUGUUAUCUAUGAGCUAGGCUUGGAGAGGUGCCAAGACACUAUGAUAGGAGGUUCCUUUGUUCGAGGAGUAUCCGGUGGAGAGAGGAAGAGAGUUUGUAUUGGCAAUGAGAUCAUAAUCAACCCUUCACUUUUGUUUCUUGAUGAACCAACAUCUGGGUUGGAUUCUACAACUGCCUUGAGAAUAGUUCAAAUGCUACAUGACAUAGCUGAGGCUGGUAAGACGAUAGUGACAACAAUCCAUCAACCAUCAAGCAGACUAUUUCACAAAUUCGAUAAGUUAAUCCUUUUGGGAAAAGGGAACUUGCUUUAUUUUGGAAAAGCAUCAGAAGCAAUGGACUACUUCAAGUUUAUAGGGUGUUCUCCUCUCAUUACCAUGAACCCAGCAGAGUUUUUAUUGGAUCUUGCAAAUGGAAACAUGAGUGAUAUUUCUGUACCAUCAGAGUUAGAGGAUAAAGUUCAUAUCGAAAACGCAGAAGCUGAAACGUCCAAUGGGAAACCAUCAGCCGCAGUUGUACAAGAGUAUCUAGUGGAGGCAUAUGAGACUAAAGUAGCAGCAACUGAGAAGAAAAAGAUAUUGGUUCCGAUUCCUCUUGAUGAAGAAAUGAAGUCUAAGGUUUAUUCACGUAAUCGACAAUGGGGAGCGAGUUGGUUAGAGCAAUACUCAAUAUUGUUUACUAGAGGAUUCAAAGAACGUAGACAUGACUAUUUCAGCUGGUUGAGAAUCACACAAGUUCUAUCCACUGCAGUCAUUCUAGGACUACUUUGGUGGCAAUCAGAUGCUAGCAACCCAAAGGGUCUUCAAGACCAGGCAGGAUUGCUUUUCUUUAUAGCGGUGUUUUGGGGAUUUUUUCCCGUGUUCACUGCAAUAUUCACAUUUCCUCAAGAAAGAGCAAUGUUGAAUAAGGAAAGAGCAACAGAUAUGUACAGAUUAAGUGCAUACUUUGUGGCUAGAACAACAAGUGACCUUCCAUUAGACCUUGUAUUACCAGUACUCUUCCUCCUAGUUGUUUAUUUCAUGGCUGGUUUGAGACUCAGUGCAGGACCCUUUUUCCUUAGUAUCCUUACUGUUUUUCUCUGCAUUGUAGCAGCUCAGGGACUUGGCCUCGCUAUCGGGGCGACACUAAUGGACUUAAAAAGAGCAACAACGUUGGCUUCGGUCACUGUCAUGACUUUCAUGUUAGCUGGUGGUUUCUUUGUAAAGAAUGUCCCUAUAUUCAUAUCUUGGAUUCGGUAUCUAUCUUUCAACUACCACACAUACAAGCUUUUGCUGAAGGUGCAAUAUGAACACAUUACACCUAGCAUAAACGGGAUCAGAAUUGACAGUGGUAUGAAUGAGGUUAUUGCUUUGAUAGCUAUGGUAUUUGGUUACCGUUUAUUGGCAUAUUUUUCUCUGCGGUGGAUGAAAGUUCAACCAUAG